CGGGUUCAUCGAUGUGCACGUACAUCUGCGCGAACCGGGCGCCACCCACAAGGAAACGUUCGCGAGCGGGACGGCGGCCGCCCUAGCCGGCGGUAUCACGAUGGUACUGGCCAUGCCCAACACCCAACCAGCCAUCGUCGACCGCGAAUCGCUCGCGCACGCCCAAGAGCUCGCCCAGAAGGGUGCCCGCUGCGAUUACGCCCUGUUCGUCGGUGCAUCCGCGACCAACUGCGGUACGGUGAGUGAGCUGGCGUCGCAAGCGGCCGGUCUCAAGAUGUACCUCAACGAAACGUUCACGACACUGCGGCUGCCUGGGAUCCACCAGUGGCAGGCCCACCUCGCGGCCUGGCCCCGCCGGGCACCGCUCUGUGUGCACGCGGAGCGAGAAACGAUGGGUACGGUGCUGCUGCUCGCGUCCCUCACCGAUCGGCCCAUCCACGUAUGCCACGUCGCGCGGAAGGAGGAAAUCCUCUUGAUCAAAGCGGUGAAGGAACGGGGACUGCGCGUCACCUGUGAGGUCUGCCCGCAUCAUCUCUUCCUCUCGAGCGCCGACAUCGAGCGGAUCGGGGGCGCGGGUUGGGCCCAGGUACGGCCCGUCCUGUGCACCCCCGAAGACCAGCAAGCCCUCUGGGACAACCUGGACGUGAUCGAUGUGUUCGCGACCGACCAUGCGCCGCACACGCGCGAAGAGAAGGAAUCGGCGAACCCACCGCCCGGUUUCCCGGGGCUCGAGACGAUACUGCCGCUGCUGCUGAACGCGGUCAGCCAGGGCCGCCUCACGCUCGAUCAGCUCAUCCACAAGUUUCACCGCAACCCGAAGCGCAUCUUCAAUCUGCCCGAUCAACCGAACACGUACGUCGAGGUGGACUUUGACGAGGAGUGGACGAUCCCGGAGCGGCCGGCCCACUCGAAGGCCCACUGGACACCGUUCGCUGGUGUGCGGGUGAAGGGACGGGUGCACCGGGUGGUACUGCGGGGUGAGACCGCUUACGUCGAUGGUGUCGUCCUCGCCAGUCCCGGGUUCGGGCAGAACGUGCGCGACUGGACGGGGCGCAAGCUGCUCCCCUACACGGCCGCUACCUCGAUCGAGCGGAUCCACGUACCGAGCGGCGGUACGGUAGUGGCGCACACUGCCACCUCACCGGAGCGCCAUCUACCGGCACAUCUCGAGCCCGAGCUCGAGAUGAACGACGAGUUCAUCCGGUUGCUGAUCGCAGCCGAAGCGAAAACGCAGGCCAGCGUACCGACGACGGCCACCGUUCACUUUGGUGGCACACCAGCAACAGCAGCAGCAACAGUUGCAACAGCACCACCACCACCACCGGUCGUCUCUCCUAUACCGAGGGUUCGCUGUGACUCGAGUGGUCCCGGUACCGGUAUCCGGACGCUACUGCCCGAUCUCGGCACCCGGCACGGUCACGACGUCAACCUGAUCGGUCGCCACGUACUGACGGUCGAGCUGUUCACCAAGGAGCACCUGAACGAGCUGUUCCAUCUGGCGCAAACGAUGCGAUCGCGCGUCGUCAAGGAUCGCCCACUGGAUGAUCUGCUGCGCGGUAAGGUGAUGGCAUCGAUCUUCUACGAGGUGAGCACGCGGACGAGCUGCAGCUUUGCCGCUGCGAUGCAGCGGCUCGGUGGUCACGUCGUACACGUCGACGAGUCGUCAUCGUCGGCCCGGAAGGGCGAAACGCUCGAGGACAGCAUCCAGGUGAUGGCGGGCUACGCGGAUGUCGUCGUCCUGCGCCAUCCGGUACCGGGAGCCGUCGCCCGAGCGGCCCACCACUGCCGGAAACCGUUGAUUAAUGCGGGCGACGGUGUCGGGGAGCAUCCGACCCAGGCCCUGCUCGAUAUCUUCACCAUACGGGAGGAGCUGGGCACGGUCAAUGGUAUCACGAUUACGAUGGUCGGCGAUCUGAAGCAUGGCCGCACGGUCCAUUCGCUCGCUCGCCUUCUCACGCUGUACGAUGUUAACCUGCGGUACGUUUGUCCGGCCGGCCUCGAGAUGCCGGAGCACGUGCGCGAGUUUGUCGAUCGGAAGGGCAUUGGCCAGCGGGAGUUCCCUACGCUCGAGAGUGCGAUCGCCGAUACGGACGUCCUGUACAUGACGCGCAUCCAGCGUGAACGUUUCGCCACCGACGAGGAGUACCAAAGGUGUUGUGGCCAGCUGGUGCUCACACCGCAGGCGAUGACGUUUGCGAAGCGGCGGAUGGCGGUACUGCACCCGUUGCCGCGCGUUAACGAGAUCAGCCCGGAGAUCGACAACGAUCCGCGAUCGGCGUACUUCCGGCAGGCCGAGUACGGCAUGUACGUCCGGAUGGCCCUACUGGCGAUGGUGCUGGGGCGCUGCUGAGCCUCACCACCUGGCCCCCCCCCGGGGUCCCUUUAUACCUUACCUAUACGAUGUCAAACGUACGAUGUCGGCGCCAACGCGUCCAGAGGCCACCGGUCAGAUGGUAACGGUGGUUAUUAUUUUAUGUUUUUUUUUUCUGGUGGAGCUUUGCUUAAAAUGUCCUCCUGCUCACGUGUUUAGUACGUUUAUUCCACGUGUUUAAGAACCUCCUCAGAGGUCCAACGGAUAGUUAUUAGUAUCAUACAUUACAUACAUGUGUAGAGAGCGAAAACGAAACAAAAAAAAACAUAAAGAGAGAGAGAGAGAAAAAGAGAGAGAGAGCGCGAGAAAAAGGGAAAGUGAGGAGUUCGAGGGAAGUAAAGAAAACACACCCUGGUGGUGCCAGCCAGCCAGACGGUGCGUGCGUGGCCCUGAAUCCGUGGUAGAAACCCCCGUUGCGCUUCUCGAUCGCAGUAGUCUAGUAGUAUGCGUACUCUCUCUCUCUCUCUCUCUCUCUCUUUCUACUACUCUUAAGAGAGCUAUGACCCUCAAUGACCAAUAAAGCUAUCUACCGCGUGGCUACCGUAGCAACCCGCUU